UGGUUGGUCCGACAUAUUCCAAGUGAGAUGAGCGCUGCGAUGACGAUGCUCGGAGGGCUGUGGCGCCGUCAAGGCGUGCGAGUGAUGUCGACGUGGAAUAAGAAGAUGUUCACGGUGAAGGACCAGCAACACAUUUUGCAAGUGGUGCAGUCCGUGUCCGAGUCGCACGGCGCCGGUGUGAAUGUCACGGAAGUGUUGUCCAAGUUUGUCGUGCCAUCUACGUCGCCGUUCCCCACGGAAUUGCACGGCAUCCAGUUCCCUUUGGAAGAAUUGCGAACGGCAUAUGUCCGUGGCCACCUGGAAGAUGAAUUUGUGCAUCACAUGGACGAAUUCGGCAUCGUGUGGGUCGAGGAUGACGGCGAGGAGUUCGUUGAGGAGCCCAAGUCGACCCCGAAGAAGUCCAAGAAGAACAAGAAGCGUACCAAGUAGGACAAUCCAUGGUCGAUAUCAUACUAAGUAAAACCAAAACCACAACAAGCUGGCUGCAUAACUCUUGGC